AUGGCCGGUAGCACCUCCUUUCGUACUCCCCAGACCGCGAACGAGACCGUUCCCAACGUCUAUCCGUACCCUCUUGGCGACUUCUCCAUAGACGAGCACAGGCCCAUCAAGGUCGUUGUUAUCGGCGCUGGGUUCAGCGGAAUCAUAGCAGGCAUUCGUUUCCCGCAGAAGAUCCCAAACCUGGACCUCACAAUCUACGAGAAGAGCGCCGGCGUUGGUGGCACCUGGUUCAGUAACCGAUACCCCGGUCUGGCUUGCGAUAUACCAUCCCAUUGCUAUCAACUGACAUUCGAAGUGAAGCGAGACUGGUCGUCGUACUACGCACCUGGCGCCGAGAUCCGGAAGUACAUCGAGGACGUCGCGGAGAAGUACAAGGUGCUUAAGUACGUCAAGCUUUCCCACGAAGUCACGCACGCGACGUACAACGAGACCACCGGGAAAUGGCACAUCCUUGUCCGUCGCGCGAAUCCCGAGACCGGCGCCCUGGAGCAGAUAGAGGACGUCGCAGACGUGGUCGUGACCGCGUUCGGUGCGCUCAGCCGGUGGCAGAUGCCCGACAUCCCGGGGAUAGACAAGUACAAGGGCGUGCUCCACCACAGCGCGGGCUUCGACCCGGCGGACAAGACGUGGCAGGAGGUCGUGGAGCCGUGGAAGGACAAGAAGGUCGGCGUGAUCGGCGUGGGAUCUAGCGCGCUGCAACUUGUGCCUGCGCUUCAGCCGCGGGUUGCGAGACUUGUGAACUACGUCAGGGGGAAGACGUGGCUCUCGGUGCCCUUUGGAUCCAACACGUUCGCAGCGCUGCUGGGACGUGAGCCCAAGACGGCGGAAGAAUUCAAGUUCACGCCGGAGGAGAUUGAACGCCUGAGGACAGAUGACAAGUUUUACGAUCACUUCCGCUGGACCGUGGAACACGACAUCAACUCGCUGCACUCAUCGACCCUACGAGGCACGGAGAUGCAGCUGACUGCUCAAAAAGUGUUCAGGCAGAACAUGGAGGAGAAACUGGCGAAGAAGCCGUGGAUCGCUGAGAGAUUGAUACCUGAUUUCCCAGUCGCAUGCCGGCGACUUACUCCUGGCCCUGGGUACCUGGAGGCCCUGUGCGAAGACAACGUAGAGUUCAAUAGCACGUCGAUCAAGCGCUUUUCGGAGACAGGCAUAGAAACUAUCGAUGGCAAACAUGAAGAAUUCGACGUGGUGUUCUGCGCUACCGGGUACGAUACUACAUUCCAGCUACCUCUCAAGAUCGUCGGGCGUAAUGGAGUCGAGCUCAACGAACGCUGGAAGCCUCAUCCCGUCUCCUACCUGUCAGUCGCCGUUGACGGGUUCCCCAAUUUCUUCAUGUCAUUCGGGCCGAACUCGGGUGUCGGUUCUGGGUCGCUGCUCGCUCUCAUGGAGUUCGAAAUCAUGUACGCUGUCCAAGCGACUGCAAAGCUGCAGCGCGAGCGCCUCAAGAGUAUCGAAGUCAAGCCGGAGGCACUCCGCGACUUCGACCAGUACAUCGAUAGCUAUUUCCCGAAGUCUGUUUAUAGCGAGAACUGCCGUUCUUGGUACAAGAUGAACAAGUCUGAUGGUAGGAUUGUCGGGCUUUGGCCAGGAUCCACCUUGCACGCUCUGAAAGCUCUUCGUCACCCUCGAUGGGAAGACUACAACUAUGAGCAAGCGGACCCCAUCCCUAACAGGAUGUACUGGUUAGGUGACGGUCAGACGUGGAACGAGAAGACCAUGACUGGAGAUCGUACGUAUCGCAGGGAUCCGUCGGGUGCAUGGCGCUAA